AGAUUCUCCUGCGGGUGAACGCGGCGUGCCGGCUCUGUAAACUGGCAGAGGCUCGACGCAGGAAAAGGAGGGGGGAGAGAACGGAGCAGGUAUGCUGUACAUGUGUUGGCGAUGACUCUGCAGGAGAUUUUUCAGACAGCAGCCAAUUUGUAUGCUGAGAAGAGAGCAGUAUGCUUUGAUGAGUGCAACGAUAAGAUUCCUGCUUCCUACACAUACAAGACGGUUACCACCCUAGCCGCAGAACUAACAGAUUUUUUGAGGAAAAAGUGUUACCUCACUGAAAGUUUUGUGAUAGGCCUUUACUGCUCUCCAGGAGUAGAUCUGCCUUCUUGGAUUAUAGGAAUUCUCCAAGUGCCAGCUGCUUAUUCUCCUAUUGAUCCGGAUGCCCUGCCAACUCUGUCUGCUUAUGUUAUGAAAAAGUGCAACUUCCAAUAUGUCCUUGUGGAAAAUGACAAACUUGAUAAAUUCAAAGUCACAUUUGGACAUUUGUUCUGCCAUAAUUUCCUUGAAAUACAGAACAUUGGUUUAGUUCUUUUCCAAAGGAACAGCAGUAAUAUUGAUGUAAAUCUCCUGGCUGAUCAUGAAAGUGUUAAAAAUGAAAGGCCUGCAGUCGCAAGUUGGUGCGACACAAAUAUCUUGGACUGGAAUGAGACAAAGCAAUCCAAAGAGCUGUUGGACGUCAGAGAAACCUCCUCCUUAGCCUAUGUAAUGCACACAUCGGGAACAACGGGGAUUCCCAAAAUUGUUCGAGUGCCCCAUAGAUGCAUAGUACCAAAUAUUCUUCAUCUCCGAGAUCUCUUUCAAAUUACCCCAGAUGAUGUCGUUUUCAUGGCCUCUCCAUUGACAUUUGAUCCAUCUGUAGUCGAGCUAUUUGUUACUCUGGCAAGUGGAGCUUCUCUGCUUAUUGUACCUCACCUGACUAAAAUGAUGCCUCAGGAGCUGUCUGAGGCUCUCUUUCAACGCCACAAAGUAUCUGUAUUACAGGCUACACCAACUCUUCUGAGAAGAUUUGGAGCUCAGCGCAUCAAGUCAACUGUGCUAUCUGCCAGUACAUCGCUGCGAGUCUUAGCUCUUGGUGGAGAAGCAUUUCCUGGCCUGAAUGUACUGAGAAGCUGGAAAGGAAAAGGAAACAAAACACAUGUGUUUAAUAUCUAUGGCAUUACAGAAGUCUCUUGCUGGGCCACAUGCUACAGGAUUCCUGAAGCAUUGUUUAGUUCUGAUCAUCGAUUUGAUUCCUGUGUACCAUUGGGAACCCCAUUAUCUGGAACAAGAGUUGAAGUUAAAGAUUCCAGCGGUUCUGCUAUUCUGGAAGGCGAAGGUCAAGUAUUUAUAGGAGGUGAAGAACGUGUCUGUUUCCUUAACGAUGAAGUAAUUCUGCCUGCAGGCACAAUGAGAGCAACUGGAGACUUUGUCAGAGUUAAGGAGGGUGAAAUGUUUUUCUUGGGGAGGAAGGACAAUCAGAUUAAGCGUCACGGCAAGCGACUCAAUAUUGAAUACGUCCAGCAGCUUGCAGAAGGCCACGGUCAAGUGGAAGCCUGCGCUGUGGUCUGGUCUCAACAAGAAAAAUUACUUCUCUUUGUUGUGCCCAAAGGCAGUUUCAGAGGAGAUCUUUUCCGAGAACUCCAGGAGCGUCUCCCUAGCUGUGCCGUCCCAGAUGAGCUUUUGCCGAUUGACACUCUGCCAUUGACAUCACACGGCAAAAUUGAUGUGCCUGAGCUGAACAAGAUCUACAUCAGCCAUCUGAAUUCCAGAAAGAGUGAAGGGAAGCUGAAUAAGAAAGAAGAAUUGUGGGAGAGACUACAGUGGUUCUGGAAGUCUAUUUUGAAUCUUCCUGAAGAGUCUAGCAGCAUUUCAAAAGAUUCAUUGUUUUUGAACAGUGGUGGCGAUUCUUUAAAGUCAGUACACCUCCAUGAUGAAAUUGAAAAUAUGGUUGGCAAGGCCAUCCCUGGCCUCUUGGAAGUUAUUCUCAGUCGUUCCAUUGAUGAAGUCUACAAUCACGUCCUAAAAACAGCUUUUCCCAGAAAGGAUAAAAAAUUAAGCUGCAUCAGUUCUAUGAAAAGAAAACGAAGAGACUGUAGUAGAGAGGAGCCAGGUAUGAAGUAUGUAGAGCCAAAAGCUGGAGGGUCCCAAAAAAGUGGACUAGACACUGUUGGGUUUGUUGCAGUGAGCCGUGGAAAUCGAUUGUUGUUUACAGAUGAAUGCCUGAAGAACCAGCAUAAUACAGCAAUUCAGCUGGGAGAACUGAUUCCUUCUUCACCUGCUGUAAGUGAAGACAGAGGGAAUAAAAUUUUGAAGCAUAAUGAAACAAUUGCCAGCAGUGCCAAUACAACAGAAGAUGAUUCUGUGCAACAAAUUCACCUACAAGAGAACCCUGAAAGAACUGCUGAAAAGUUGACAUUACAUGUAAGGUGGAAGUCAGACUUGGGCAAGUGUGUAGAUGCAUCUCCACUCGUUGUAAUACCAGUCAAUGAUGAGUUACCCGCUUCUGUAUACAUUGGAUCUCAUUCUCAUGUGAUUCAAGCAGUUGACCUGUAUUCCGGAAAACUGAAGUGGGAGAGAGACCUUGAAGAUCGUAUUGAGUCCUCUGCCUGUGUGUCUGCAUGUGGAAACUUCAUCAUUGUGGGGUGUUAUAAUGGGCUAGUAUAUGUACUCAGAAACAGUAAUGGGGAAAUACACUGGACAUUUGCAACAGAAGACGCUGUGAAAAGUUCUGCAGUGGUGGAUCCUUCCACAGGGCUGCUCUUUAUUGGAUCUCAUGACCAGCAUGUAUAUGCUCUAGAUAUUUAUAAGGAGGAGUGUGUCUGGAAGUUACACAGCGAAGCCGGAGCUGUAUUUUCCUCCCCUCACUUAAAUCUGUUGCCACACCACCUAUAUAUUGCUACACUUGGAGGGCUGUUGCUAGCAGUAAACCCCGUUAUGGGCAAUACCAUCUGGAAAUACGUUUGUGGAAAACCUGUCUUUUCGUCACCCCAUUGCAACAAGGACUACGUGUGUGUAGGAUGUGUAAACGGAGAUUUGUAUUGCUUUAGCCACUUCGGACAAAAGGUUUGGCAGUUUUCCACUAAUGGACCAAUUUUUUCAUCUCCAUGUAUUUCAAGUUUUGUUAGAGAAGUAUUCUUUGGCUCCCAUGACCACUUUACUUACUGCUGUAAUAUGGAAGGUAAUUUAAUGUGGAAAUUUGAAGCCACAUCAACUGUGUAUGCAACACCAUUUGUUUUCCAUAGUCAUGACUUGGAGGAUAAAGCACUUCUGGCAGUAAUAUCUACAGAUGGCAGAAUAUGGAUCUUGAAUGCUAAAACUGGUGUGGUAGAAGGUUCAGGGAAACUUCCAGGAGAAGUGUUCUCUUCUCCUGUUGUAUGGGGAACUAAGCUCGUUGUUGGCUGUAGAAAUAACUAUGUUUAUUGCUUUGAUUUAUGUUUAUCAAAAAACAAGACUGCCUAAAAUUUGCAGGGGACAAUUGCCCUUUCAGACUGUUUUUUCUCUAUGUUUGAGCUUCAGUUAUUCAAACACAGAACAUGCUGUUGUGUUUAGAAAAGUAAAUACAGAUAGCAGCAUCGAAGCAAAGGUUUUAUUAUCAGUCGAAACAAACAAUAUGAUCUACAUAUCUUUUUAUCCUGGGUGCUUAGAAUUAAAUGGCCAUCAAGUUGUUUGUGCCUGUUAUGUAGAUCCUUGUGAAUCCUUCACAAAGCAUAUUAAACAUCAUUAUCACUAGCUAAUAUGUAUUAGCUAAUUAAGAGCAUAAUCUGUAUGUACUGUGUUAGUUGCCAAAAUAUAUUCACUAACACACUUUCAAAGCUGGAAUAUAAUUUUUCUAGACAAAUGGUUAAAACUAAUGUGAUGCUGAAUUAACUAAUCCAUAAUCACUUGGUUGCAGCAAAAAUGGUUUGGGCUUGUUACUGAGAAGUGGCAUCAACUCCCAAAAGUAAACCGAUAUCUUUCCCAGAUAUUUGAUCUAUUCAUUUCAGUAACUUCAGGCGAAGAAUUCUUGUAAUCAUGAGAGUUUAUAUAAACAAUAAAUUAAAAUAGAAAUAUUUAAGAUAUUUUGAUAGUUCCAAAUAUUAGGUAGAAAUCUCUGCCUGCCUAUGUAAUUUGGGGUUUUUUUCCUAUAUCGCUUGUUUUACUAAUGGCAUAUUUAUGGCUUGUUGAAGAAUUGUGCACAUUGCACGUAUGAACUUUUAAAGGUAACAUCUACCUCCCAAAGUGUUUGUCAGUAUUACUUGCUGAACAGGAUCUCAAUCUUGGCAUUUGACAUUUGUGGGCUGAGUUAAUGAGUGGAUGUCAUAACGUUCAACUGAUAUUUUUCCAGAUUAAAUAAAAUAAUUUAAUAUUGUUUGUUAGUACAGAAAUAUGUUGCACUGUAAUUUUUCACAUAUUGCUGAUAAGCGAAGAUGAAGUUGCAAGUCUUGAUUAAAAUAUCCCUGUCAUCACUAUGAUCUUUUUAUAGAAAUGAAUGAAUGAAAAAAAAUAAAAAGA